GAGUGAUCAUCAGUCAGUCCUCAGCCUCCUGUCUCUUCUCCGUGUUCGGGUUUCAGACUAUUUCAACCAUGAAUUCCCUGUGUGUAGUCGUGGUGGCCGCAGUCGUGGCAGUAUGUCUGGCGGAGCCUGAGCCCGGUCAGUUCGGUGGCCAAGGUUUCGGCGGUUCCGGAGGUUUUGGUGGCCAACAACGAGGAGCGCCUUACGGAGCCGGGACCUGGGCAGGCAACGGUGGCGGCAGACAGGGCCGCUCUCAGGGAGGUUUCGGGGGUGGCUUUGGAGGCCAAGGAGGUUUUGGAGGGCAAGGAGGCUUUGGAGGACAGGGAGGUCAUGGAGGACAAGGAUUUGGUGGACAGGGGAGAGGGUUCGGCCAGCAGAGAGGAGCACCCUACGGUGCCGGCACUUGGGCCGGUGGUCAGCAACAGGGAGGCUUCGGAGGCCGCUGGUAAUUGACGAUCUGCAAGUGCCAUUUGUCCGCUCAACCAUGACCCACAUUAACUACCAUUGUACCUUAACUUUUGUCAUUUAGUUUAGUUAAAUGCAAAGUACAAAAAUAAUAAAUAAAAAUUAUCUUAUUACAUUUGC